GGACCAUGCCGGACGAGGAGGCGCCGACCGAGGAGGUGUCAGGGCAAGAGCCCAUGGAGGAUGCAGGAGCUGAAGAUGAUGCUGAGGUAGAAGGUGAAGACUCCAAGGAGGAGGCGAAGGAGGGGGAAGAUGCAAAGGAAGGGGAAGACGGGAAAAAGAAGAAGAAGGAGAAGAAGGAGAAGAAGGCCAAAGUCGUCAAAGACGAAAAGAUGGGCCAGGUGAAGAAUGAGGACUUGGAUUGGAUUUGGAUUGGUGGUGCAGAUGACGCCAAAGACCGCGAGGCGCUGGAAAAGGCGAAGAUUCGGUAUAUCUUGAAUUGCACGCCACCCCGCUCCAACGGGGGCGUCGCCAACGCCUUUGAGAAGGACCCCCACUUCGACUACUGCCGGGUCUCCAUGGGCGACAAUGCCACGGAGACCUUACAAACCCGCUUCGAGGCGAGCUGGAGCUUCUUGGAAAAGGCCCGCGUUCGAGAGGAUGGAUCGGUGCUCAUCCAUUGCCAGCAGGGUGUUUCCCGUAGUGUGUCUAUGGCAAUGUCCUACAUGAUGAAGUACUACAGGAAGAGCUUCGACGAGGCCUAUGCGAUUUGCAAGGAUGCACGAUCCCAGGCAUGCCCCAAUGAAGGCUUCACUCAACAGCUGAAAGCCUUCGACGAUGAGCUCAGGAGCAAUCCGAAGCUUUACGAGCCACUGCCACCCAAGCGUGGGAAGCAGUAUUGUUCGGGCCCUGGCCCCACUGGCCCGACAGGCCCUCGCGGCGCUGUCGGACCCCCUCGAGGCGCAGAUGAAGACGACAGCGCCCCGACGGUCGCGCCCGUCGUGCAGCGAGGCCCCUCGGGCCCCGCUGGCCCAUCGGUGGGCCCUGCCCGUGGUCCGGUCGGACCUGGGCCGAGAGGUCCCAGCGUCGGUCCUGCCGUCGGGCCUAGUGUGGGCCCUGCCGUGGGCCCUGCCGUGGGCCCUGCCGUGGGCCCUGCCGUGGGUCCAGCUGGCCCGCCCGAGAAGCGAAAGGCGGGAUAUGGUUUCAUCGCCCCGCUCAGGCCCGGUGCGGCCGGCCCUUCAAAGCCCAAGAGACCGAAGGCCUAGGCGCCAAGGCCCGGGGAGCUUCGCUUUUGCCGACGCGAAAAGCGGAGAGGGGAG